AUGUCAACACCGUCACCAUUCUGGUCAAACCAAACAUCCAACUUUACCGAGAGAGAUGAUGGUUUUGACGAAGUUGGUUUUGGAAAAGGUGACUUUAAAAUGUAUCAUGAUAAUUCGACUCUGAACGGUUGGCCAUAUUUCAAUUUACAUGGCUAUGCCCACUGGGCCAUUAUCUUGAGCAUAGUCAUAGCAGGUACCAUUGGCAAUAUCAUGCUGUUCAUAAUGGUGAGCGAUUCCAAGUUAGCUUCCCUUUCUUACACCGUGUACCUGAAGUUCAUGGCCUUUUGCGAUUGUCUUGCACUGAUCGUCGGCAUGUAUCUGCAGACCGAAGAAUAUUUUAACUUGCCGAAGCUUGCUAACAUGAGCAACACUAUCAUUAAAAUUGUCAUAGGCUUCGAGUUUUUACCGACGUUCCUAUCGCCCUGGCUGGUCGUUGGGUUUACCCUCGACAGAUUCGUAUGCGUCUGUUUUCCGUUAAAACGGGAAAUAUUUUGUACGAGAAAGAAAGCCAUUGCCGUCUGUUCGUGCAUGGUUGCUGCAACCAUCGUGUUAGUUAUACCCAUUUUGGAUAUAUCAGAGUUAGUGAUGUCUGAUAAUCUUGUAUACUACAUCAUAGUCUUUCGUAUGGUAUUGUCAUCCACGCUCCCUUGCAUCAUCAUCCUCGUCCUCAACAUCUUUAUAACUGUUCGCAUCAAACGUGGCAAUGAGUUUAGAAGCACAUUCAUAAGACAUAGCGCAAAUCCUACCAAAGACAGUUCAACACGCCCCUUGGUUUUAAUUUCGGUACUGGCCUUCGUAACUUUGUUGCCCAUGUCAGUGUCAGAUAUCAUAAAUCUCGUGUCUUACUUGCUGGAGGCAGGCAGAGAAGUCGUGAUAAUAACCGAUAGAUUGUGGCCAGCGUUGAACAUAAUCUACUCGCUAAAUUUAGGCCAGAACUUUUUCAUCUUGAUUGGAAGUUCACAAAACUAUAGACAGAUCAUUAAAAGGAAACUUAGAUGCUUCACUGUGAAGGGGAGACAAACACGUCCGAAUUAA